AUGCUGCAUUUUGCCGUUAUUGCUAUCUUUUCAAAUGUGAUUUCGAUCAAAUGGGUAGCACUGGAAGUCUUCAUUGAGAAAGGGUUUACAAAUUGGAAGAAAGGAACCCAAAAUCUUCGAGUCCAUGAGGGAGGUGUUGGAAGUCUUCAUAAUAAAGCUAUACAACAAGCUAGAGAUUUGAUGGCACAAAAACAACACAUUGAAACAUUUGUGAGUAAGCAAACCGAUGAAGCGCGCAUUAAUUAUCGUACUUUAUUGAAUGCCUCACUUGAGUGUACAAGAUGGUUGUUGGGACAAGGUUUGCCUUUUCGUGGCCACGAUGAAUCGUUCAAAUCAAGCAAUAGAGGUAAUUAUUUAGAGCUUAUGCAAUUUCUUUCCAAGCAUAAUGAGCAAGUUAGAAAAGUUGUGUUUGAGAAUGCUCCCAAGAAUCUUAAGUAUACUUCUUCCGAUAUUCAAAAAGAUCUUGUUCGUGCUUGUGCCAUUGAAACUAUAGAUGCAAUCACUAAAGAUAUGGAAGGUGCAUUUUUUUCUCUUUUGGUUGAUGGAUCACGUGAUUCUUCAACUAAAGAGCAAAUGGCGGUGGUAUUGCGUUCUGUGAACAAAAAAGAAGAAGGAAUUGAAAAGUUUUUGGGUGUGCAACAUGUCACCUCUAUAACUAAUAGCUCACUUGAAGAGGCUAUUGAGAGAUUCUUUGCUACAACAAAUUUGAGUAUGUCCAAGUUACGGGGACAAGGCUAUGAUGGAGCUAGUAAUAUGAAGGGUGAGCUAAAUGGCCUUAAAACAAAGAUUUUGAACAAGUAUCCUCAAGCAUUUUAUGUUCAUUGUUUUGCACACCAACUUCAACUAGAUCUUGUAGCCUUUGCAAAGGGAAUUGAGGGUGUCGCCAUUUUCUUCAACAAUGCUAGUAUCUUGGUCAAUACUAUUGGAUCAUCGUGUAAGCGUCGUGAUGUAUUUAGAGAGAAAGAACUAGAACAAAUUAAGAAAGCUCUUGAUGUUGGUGAUCUUGAAACGGGUAGAGGGUUAAAUCAAGAGAGUAGUCUCAUGCGUCCUUGUGAUACACGUUGGAACUCACAUUAUGGUACUAUAGUGAGUAUUAUUGUCAUGUUUGAAGCCGUGGUGGAGGUGCUUGAAUGGAUUAAAGAUGAUACCAACCAAGACAAUUUCGGAGAAGCAAAUUCGACUUCCAGGAACCAGCUGCUCAGUUUCUUCGAUGCAUACUCCGGCUACAACCAAAUAGCCAUGCACGAGCUCAACAAGAAGAAAACCGCAUUCGUGAUCGAGCGAGGCACUUAUUGCUACAAGGUCAUGCCUUUUGGCCUCAAGAAUGCGGAAACCACUUACCAAUGA